AUGUCAGGACGCGUUCAAAAGGUUAUGCUGCCUCCUAUUAACUUUAUUUUCAAACUUUUGCAACAACACACACCCGUUCAAAUUUGGCUUUACGAACAGCAAACACAUCGCCUGGAGGGUCUCAUCCGAGGUUUUGAUGAGUUCAUGAACAUUGUUUUGGAUGAUGCUGUUCAAGUUGACGACAAAAACCGGAAACGCGCUUUGGGCCGUAUCCUUCUCAAGGGUGAUAAUAUUACCUUAAUCAGAGCUAUUUAG